AUGCCUUGGAACUAUCUGGCUUGUUUUCAGAUGGUGCAACUGAUGAAACGCACGCUGCGCGACAUUCCACGGUAUGCAAGAAUAAAGCUCCGAUCCUGUGAUUGGAGGUUUGCUGAGAAGUUCAGUGAGUACAAGUCCUGGAUGGAAGACUCGGAGCCGAACCACAAGUUUCUGAUCCGCUUCAAAGGUGUUGAAAUAGAUUGCAAUUACCACCCGUGGAAACUUGAGCUUCGGAUAGAAACUGCUCGAGAAACUUUCUCGAAAGUCUUCAGAGCGAAGUCCUUGCUUUCCACUGCUAUUUGGAAGCAGUGCUCGGAAAGCACGAUCGAAGUUCUUCGCAGCCGUGGGUGCAAGCUGACUUUCGAGACUUUGGUUACAGCGCUUCGAAGUGGGGCUAUGGUUCAGGUCCUGCGAAUGCAUGACCAAAGCAUGAUGGAAGACAGCAGUGGCCUAGAUGUUCCACUCUUGCAGCAGAGCGGCUCAGAGGACAUGGAGCCGUGGAUCUUUGGUGCUUUCGUGAUGUAUCUUCGAAGUGAACUUUCGGAGGAAGAUCUCCUGGUUGUUUGCCAGUCCUUUGUGGACCUUGGGGCUUCUCUGGUUCGUAUGGCCGGAGACUAUAUUGAUGUCAAGGAUGAUGCGGGCGUGGAACAUCCCCUAGAUGGCGUCUACGUUAGGUGUGAUGAUGCCGGCGACAAGAGGUUGCUGUAUCAGAACCUCUGUCGAUCUGACCAGUACAUCCUCUAUGAUUCAGAUGAUUCUGAGCCCAUGUGGAAGCUCGGUUUGACCUCUGAAUUUCUUGAAGGGGGUCGGCCGCCCUGGUAUUUCAAGACGCCUGAUUUGGAAAACAGCAAACUUCGAGAAGUUGUUGGCGGAAAAGAAAAGAAACCCACAGCCGACUACACCGCCACGCGAGAGUCGUCGAAUACCCCACGAGGGGAACCAGUCGUAACAAAACUGGUGAAGGGAACCAAGGGAAGGAGACCAAAAAGGGAAGGAACGCAAGCAUUCAAAGAGCCUGGGGUGAAAGUGAAACACUUUCAUGGAUACCUUCGGGACUGCAUUGAUGAGCUGCAAAAGCGUCUCCACAUACCCCAGAAGAAUGUGGACAUCUACAACAAGUUUCGCCAAGAACUCAUUGAAGCAGGUCUUGAAGCAGAAGUGGCAGAG